UACUUCCAACCAAAAUCUUAGGUAUUUUAUUGUUAAAAGUUGCAAUCGUGAAAAUUUGGAGCUAUCUGUUCAACAAGGAGUAUGGGCAACUCAAAGGAGCAAUGAGGCUAAAUUGAAUGAAGCCUUUGACUUGGUGGAGAAUGUGAUAUUGAUUUUCUCUGUCAACAGAACUCGACAUUUUCAGGGUUGUGCAAAAAUGACAUCCAGAAUUGGGGGCUCGGCUACUGGGGGUAAUUGGAAAUAUGCACAUGGAACUGCACAUUAUGGACGUAACUUCUCAGUUAAAUGGCUAAAGUUAUGUGAAUUGUCAUUUCACAAGACUCGCCAUUUAAGGAAUCCAUACAAUGAGAACUUACCAGUAAAGAUAAGCAGAGAUUGCCAAGAACUGGAGCCUUCUAUUGGUGAGCAGUUGGCAUCCUUGCUUUAUCUUGAGCCAGAUAGUGAACUUAUGGCUGUCUCACUUGCGGCAGAGUCUAAGAGAGAGGAAGAGAAAGCAAAGGGAGUGAAUCCAGAAAAUGGAGGAGAAAAUCCAGAUAUUGUUCCAUUUGAGGACAAUGAAGAGGAAGAAGAGGAGGAAAGCGAUGAAGAGGAGGAGAGCUUUGGUCCAGGCGUUGGGCCAGCUGCUCAAGGUCGAGGUAGGGGCAGAGGUAUGAUGUGGCCUCCUCACAUGCCUAUGGGCCGUGGGGCCCGGCCUAUUCCAGGAAUGCAGGGUUUUCCUCCAGUAAUGAUGGGAGAUGGAUUAUCCUAUGGACCAGUUACUCCCGAUGGAUUUGGUAUGCCAGAUCUAUUUGGUAUGGGCCCUCGUGGUUUUGGUCCCUAUGGUCCUAGGUUCUCUAAUGAUUUUGCAGGGCCCCCAGCAGCAAUGAUGUUUCGCGGGCGACCCUCACAACCUGGGAUGUUUCCAGGUGGUGGGUUUGGGAUGAUGAUGAAUCCUUCACGUGCUCCCUUUAUGGGUGGAAUGGGGGCUGCAGGUGGAAAUCCACCACGGGCAGGUAGACCAGGCGGUAUGCCUCCAAUGUUCAUGCCACCCCCGCAACAUCAGAACACCAACCGUCUUACUAGGAGAGAUCAAAGAACUAAUGAUCGGAAUGAUAGAUAUGGUUCAGGGCCAGAGCAGGGAAAGGGUCCAGACAUGAUGGGUCAGGCAGGUGGACCCGAUGAUGACAUGCAAUAUCAGCAAGGAUUCAACGCAUCCCAGGAGGAUCAGUAUGCUGUCGGAAACAACCUGAGAAAUGAAGAGAGUGAAAGUGAGGAUGAGGCACCUCGGAGAUCCAGACACGGUGAAGGGAAAAAAAGAAAAGGCGAAGUCUAGAAGAUGCUGACUCAGACUAAUAACAAGUUUUUGCUAUUCCCUGAACACCAGAACUGCUGAUCCACUCACUCGGGGACGACUUUUCUUGCCUUAGGCUUUCCUCCUUUUUUUGUUUCUUGAUCUUUUUUAACGGAAUAAGACCACAAGAUCUUGUGAGUUGUCUUUUGCAUGAAGGACUCUUGGGUUGCGGCAGAAAAUAUUAUUUGAAGUUGUGUUCACUAGUCAUUAAUUGUUUGUUUCUUAAUGUGAAUAUGUUUCAUAUAGGACGUUAACUAUUCAUGUAACAGUAUUAGAGUAUCAGAAUGAUGAUUCCAUGGUCGAACCUGAUGAAUCCAUUACACCAUGUGAUCUGUAAGGUACUCUUAUAUUAUAGAGCUCUAUUAAAAAAGGUCAGGCAGUUUACAUGUUACACCCAUGUAGUUUGCGUUUGUGCUUAAUGCGUGUAAGUGCCAAGUGGUGGGUGGAUUGACUAUUGCAUAAGGAUAUUUGCUGCACGAAUUUGUUAA